AUGUACACCCCAAUCUAUCCAUUUAUAAACCCACCACCACCACCACCACCACCUCAGUCACCCGCCAGACAUCGAGGAGGAAGGACGUACGCCGCUCUCUCUCCCCCACCCCCCCACGUGACCUCUCCUACACAGACAGACACCCCAACCAUGGCCCUUCAAGUCGCCGCCAACCUCACCACAAUGUUUCCCGAGCGUGGCCCUCUCAUCUCCCGCUACGCUGCUGCCAAGGCCGCUGGGUUCAAGGUGGUGGAGGUGUCGCUGCCGUACUCCGAGACGACACAGCGACUCGCGGCGGAACUGGCUAAGAACGGUCUCCGACAGAUCAUGAUUAAUUCAGACCCAGGUGAUAUGACGGAGGGGAGGGGUUUUAUGGGUUUUUUGGGUUUUUUAAGGGGUGUUUAG